AUGUUACGAAUUAAGUUAAGGAAGCUUUUAUUUUCUGUCUCAAGAAAUGGUGCUCUGCAGAUGAAAUCGACCCGGUAAGCUCCGAAGAAACUGAAGAUGCAUGCACUUUGACCUUGCUGUGCUCUUUGAGGCAGUCCUUGAGUCCGCUCCACAAUUUAUAAUUCAGUUGUUCGCCAUCAGUGUUCAGGAGGAACCAGCUGCAAUCAUGCAAAUCAUUUCUCUACCUAUCUCUUUCCUCAAUCAGGCAUGA